CAGAAGGUGAAGUAAAAGAUGGAUGCACGAGAUUAGCCAACCAAAUUUCUUAUGAUAAUGUUAAAGCGUGUUUUGAAGGAAUCAAAUUCGAUGCUAAUCGAGCAAAGCAAAUGAUCGAUAUUGCAGAAGCAGUUUUGCUAAAUUUCUAUAUUUUUGCUGACCAAGCCAAUGAAAAACCCCAAAAUGGUUUUAGUUUUAGACCUAUAAAUUUGAAAAAAGAACUGCAUUCGUUGCGUAAUAAAAAAUUUAAUUCUGAUUUUGAAUUCAUG